CAUAUAAUGGACUCGCCUCUUGACAGCUAAGCACACAAAAGCCAUGGAGACACGAGUGGUCUAACAACGUAAUGCUUGAUUUCUACUACAUAACCAGCUAGUUUCCGUCAGGAGUGCGCCGUUUUGACACCUUUAAGAUGUUUUGUUAGCGGUGGUUCUGCCAUUAUAAAGAGCUCCAUUACCCGAUUACACCGUAGCUGUCACAAACGCACACACACACCAGGACCGAGUGUUUUUACCCUGGAUAAGAGAAGGUGUUGCCCACAGCGUUAAAAUGCCAGCUCCAGUGCAAGAACCAAGCUUCCCCCCUGGGAGAGAUGACCAGGAUCGGUACAGGUUCAGCCCAGAGUACAAGUACGGCCGGGUUCCCAAAACUGCCACCGAGGGGAAACUGCUCAGGACCAGGGGCAAGGAGCCUAGCAGAAAGCUACACAAAAGGAGCACAACUGCACCUGAGCAUGACUCUAUUCUACGGAGCCAAAGUGUACCACCUGAUGACGGUGCAGGGGAGACUCAUGGGAGAUACACAGACCCAGCGUCAUACCUGAUGAAGGACAGCUACCACAUGAGUUACCAGAUCCCCAGCUUCCCCUACAGCCUGACCUCCCAGCCAUGGAGCCGCCGCAGGGCCUUCACAUGUCCUCCCUCCAUGAAGAAGAACUAUUACCUACAGCACCCUGACCUGAACUGGGGCCAGAGACAGUACCUGUGGAGCACUGCAGCUGUGUACAGCACCUCUCACAUGAAGAGGCUCAUUCAGGGCAGAUAUGAACAGUUCCUCAGGCAUCAACAGAAAAUGGGACACAUCAACAAGAAAGAGCUGGAGAAGUACAGAUCUUACCUGUUUGCGACCAGAAAGACCAUGCCAGGGGUCGUCGACCCCGGUCUUUGGAGGUCAAGGCCGCAGACACAGAUGGCAAGAGCAAAAAGCUCCAACGGAGAUGCGGAGUUGUCCAGAAAGUCGGCACCAGCAAGAAACGGCCAUCCACGUCGGCAUUCAGCACAAAGGGAGACUCCACCCAAGAGUCCGUCACCAGAUGAGGACCUGUCACAGUCCUUCAACUCCAUCAAACUGGAGCCAAAACCACGAGAUCAAAGCAAGAAAGAGGAGCCAAAGGCAAAACCUUCACCCCAGAAGGAGGAAAAAGAUCACAGUGAAGAGGAGUCUGAAGAAAAGGAGACAUCAGAGGAAAAAGAGGAGGUAGAGGAAAAAGAAAAGGAAGAAAAAGAGGAGGAUGACGAAAACUCAGAUGAUGCAAGGCUGCUGGAACCACCCGGUGAUAACAUGAGUGUGAGCUCUAGAGAAAUGUGGGUUCCCUGGAUAGCCAAUGGGGUGCCUGAAUACUAAACAUCUUUGGCCCUUCCAGGAUCAAUUAUGUAAGCCCAGUUCUCAUUGGUCCUGGAACUGGAAGGGUUAGAUGUCUCAAGUGGAUGUGCAGAGCUCAGCGAACAGCAAGCGUUGCACUGCACAAAUACAAACAAUUCUUAUGCCAACACUUGAACUUGAAUGUCAAAGAGAAAAAAAUCCAGCAUGCUGUCAUGUAAAUACUGGUAUAACUAUAAGUGGAAAAUGGGUUAAUCAUUGGUUUGAGCAUCAGAACAAUUUUGGUUAGGUUUUAGUGUCGUGGCAGAGUGUAGAGAAAUGUGUUUAAAAAGUUUUCGAUUACUGUUUUUUUUAAAGGCUUAAGGUACUUCUCAGCUUUCUGACAGUCAACUGCAUGUGCCAUC